GAUCGCACGUAUUUUACCUAGAAUGUGUAUCAUAUAUAUUUAUUCCUGGGUCCCUCUGGGCGAAUGUAAACAGAAUUUUUUCGCAAAUAUGAAGUGACGCGGCCGAUUUAUGCGGCUGCGACUCGUGCAUGGAACUUACAACCCGUGAAACCGUGCCGACUGUUUUAGCAGUUCACGAGGUCUCGAGUCUCGAGUAUUAGUCUUGAACGCGUUACGGUAACCAGAAGAUAUACCUAGCGGAUAAAACGGGUUUACGUUCGACCGCCCGUAGUGUUAAGUUCAGUGAAAUAGUGUGGAGACGAUUUAGAAUACAUGGAAGUGCAAUGAGGGAUCUGCAGAAAUUCGUCGACUACUUGCUGACGAUAAAUAUUUUCUACACUCUCGAACAUGCUGUAUGGUAUUAUAUAUACAUGAUAUAUACAAUGCACAAGCCUUGUUACAUUGUUUCGUGCGUUUCUGCUAUGUACAUAUAUUAGACCAACAUUCAUGAGAUCACACACAAUCUUACCACACAGAACAUACACACGCAACAAGACAGAAUACGAGGUAUGGGUAUCUACAUGGAACGCGUUACGCUGUGGACAUAGUUGAUGGGAGCACAAGAUGUCUUCAAACAAAACAGAUCCCAAAAAAUUUCAGCAAGAAAUGUCUCACUUUUUACAAUCAGAUUUUAAAAAUGCUGCAUCAAAGCAUGAUGAUGUUAGAUGUUCAAAUGAAAGUAGAAUGACAGAGAAUUUGUGCUGUGAUUCAGAGAGAUGUGAAGAUAAUACAUGUGUCCCAAGAAAUAUCAGUCUAUGCCAGAAGGUAGAUGUUAUUAACAGGAUAGAAGAUGAUCCAUGUGACACAACUGAACUUUCAUCAACUAUUAAGUAUUUAUCUGACACGUGUUCAGUUCAUCAUUGUAUGUUAAAUGGGAGUGUUAAUUCUAAUCAUAAUUGUGAUAUAAUGCAUUGUCAACAACACAAACAAAUCUCACAAAGUUAUAUGUGUUCUAUAUAUAAUUUAUGGAGAAUUAGAACAAAUAAAAGUUUGUCAUUACUGGUUACAAAAAAUGUUGGUACACAAUGGAAGAAUUGUUUUUGGAGAAUAUUUUUAAUUCUUUUUGUUAUUUUGUUAUUAUGUACAACAAUAUGCAGUGCAGAUUCUAAUCAAUGUGCAGUUGGUUUAAAAACACCUGGAAGGACCUGGCCACAAGGUGAUAUUGUACUUGAAUAUGGUCAGCCUUUAAGAAUACUAUGUAUAUUGAAUCAAUCUUUCGUGGAUGCUGAAUUUCCUGGAAAAAAUGCUUCAGAUCUUGUAUUCUUUCGUAAUCAAAAGGAGAUGGAACCAGAAUUUAUUACAAUUAUUAAUGAAACUACAAUAUCACUAGAUGUAGAAAAACCUCCACCUGCAGAAGAUAUGUAUUAUUGUAGACUAAGAUUACAAAAUAAUCACUACAAAAAACUGGAAUCAGUUUGUUUGAACAAAGUUGUAGUUGGUUUUAAACCUCAAGAACCUCAAAACUUCAGUUGCGUAUCUUAUAAUUGGGAAACUAUGAUAUGUUCAUGGGAACCAGUCCAAAACUAUGUUACAACGACUUUUACAAUCGUAUUUAAAUUACCGGGAAGAGCAGGAGGUAGAAAAUUAUAUCCAUGUCCAACGAAAGAUAAAGAUGAUAAAAAGGACAAAGAUGAUAAGCCAAAUAUGUGCUUGUGGGAUACAUCAACGAAUCCAAUUUAUCGACAACCCUAUGAAUAUUAUACAUUUAUACUGAACGUAAAUAACGUUCUAGGAAACGCCAGUUUUACAUAUAAGUUUCAUCAUUUUGCUCAUGUUAUCCCUGCGAAACCGGCUAAUUUAUCAGUUAUUAAUAAAACGGUUGAUAGUGCAUUAUUGCACUGGAGUGUGCCUUUUCCAAUGCAGAAUUUUCCACCUGGAUUAUAUCAUAGAAUCAAGUAUCAAAACCAAUGGGAUCAUCAAAAAACCUGGCAGGUAAUCAAUAUUACAAAUGAUAUUCACGUGCAUAAGAGAUAUUAUAAUCUUACUGGGUUGGAGUACGCCAAUACCGUAUAUGAUGUACGAGUUUUUAUGAAAAGUGCUGUUGCGACUGGGGAAGAUAAGUGGAGUCAGUUUAGUGAUGUUACUUUUAGAACACCACCAAGAUUACCUGGCCGUCCUCCAAAAACCGAUAUUGGAAGCUUUGAAAUAGCGGAGAACAGUGCUAGCAGGGAUGUAUAUUUGUACUGGCAAACUAUACCACAAUAUCUAGAAAAUGGUGAUAAUUUCAAGUAUGAGAUUGAUCGUGUAGAAGAAAAUGGACGAAAUGUGUCUCUUGUUCCGAACGAAACUACGAGAACAUACGCUAAAUUCAAGGGAAUUAGUAUCAAUAAUUAUAAAUUCGAAAUUGUUACGACAAAUAUUGUUGGAAUAAAUGAAGAACGUGCUAAGAUUUUUAUACCUGGUCGAUCCCAAAUACCGCAUGAACCUAUAGCAUUUACAAAAAUUGCGUUUGAUGGAGGCUUAUAUGAAUUAUCAUGGAAACCACCUAAAAUGAAUAAGGAAAUUACAAAUUAUACAAUUUUUUGGUGCGAUAAUGAACGUGAUCGCCCUUACCAGUGCACUGGUUAUUUAGAUUGGGUACAUGUAUCAAAAUAUACAACAAUUUAUAAUAUGACUGUACCAGAUCCCGACAAAGUGUAUCAAUUUGCAAUUUCUGCAAAUACGAACACAGGUAGUAGCGGUAUGGUAUGGGCGUCAUGCACUGUAAUACAUAAUAAAGUAGUUGGAAAAAUGAAGUCUGUGUGGAUAAAUAGAAUUGGUUCUGACUUCAUUGAAGUUGGUUGGAAAUUAGAUUGUUCGGAUCGCAUUGGAAUAGUAGAAGGAUUUAAUAUUUAUUAUUGUCCUAUUGUUUCGCCGUAUGAUCUGAAUUGUAAAGGCCCGAAACUUAAUAGAACGAUAAAAGCCGAUUCUCAUACUAUCCAUGGCAUUGUAAACAAUUUGAAACCGUAUACAACAUAUAUGUUAGCUGUCGCUGUUUUAACAAAAAGUGGGGAAGGAUUGCAUAGUGAUCCUUUGUAUAAUACAACUCUUGAAGCAGCACCAACAACUCCUCCACAGGACGUAAGAAUUAUAAAUGUGACAAAUACGACAAUGAGCAUUUUAUGGAAACCACCAGAAGCAAUGAAUGGUGUAUUGCGCUAUUACGAAGUUUACUACAACGAACACGCGAAAAAAGUUGAAGACGCAACUCAAACUGAAUUGACAAAUCUGUUAUCGCAUACAAAUUAUAGCAUUAGUGUAGCCGCAUGUACUGUAUCUUGCAGUGUCAAAUCCCCUACAAUUCGCAAGAUUACGAAAAUUGGUGCACCAGGAAUGAUUAAUGUACCUAAUGUUCGCUUCAUGAAUUCUAGCCAAGUGAUCGUUAUGUGGACUAGACCCGAAUACACCGCUGGGCACAUAAAUUAUUAUCAGAUAUCUUCGAAAGAUGGUGAAAUACACAAUAGUACUAAAACAGAAGCUCGAUUACCUAUCCCUGAUUGCAAAUCUAUAGAACGAGAAAAAUUAUAUCAAUUUCGUAUAAGAGCUGUUAACAUUGCACCGAAUAAUGUCCAUUUAACAGGCCCAUGGUCUCAACCUGGUGAGGGAAAUUGUUAUAGUGAAGGACCAUCGUACAAUGUAUGGACAAUGAUAUGGGUGAUAGGAGGUUUUAGUACCGUAAUAAUUAUUUUUUGUUGUCUACAUCUAUCAAAACGAAUUUGGUUGAAGUGCAAAGCUAUGCAAGAUGUAGAAGUUAAAUUACCACCAGGAUUAGCGUCAAAUAUGGUACAGACACUUCUUGAUAAAGAACAACAUAUACGCCAAUCUUCUGCUGAUUCCAGUGGUUGUUCAAGUGGACAAGAAUCUGUUACUUCUUCGCUAACAUCAGAUUCUCAGGUUUCAAGCGAUAGUGGUACGGAAAUAGAUCCAAUGCCGGUUUCGCCCAAUAAAUUGCUUGAAACACCAGCUUGGAAUUCUGAUUCUUCGAGUCUUCGCCUGAGACAUUCAUCGUUUCGCGAACGAUACGCAAAAGUUGCAAAAUCCGGAGAGCCCAUCAUCGGAGAUACGUUAUCUUUGGCACGAUCUACACCUAAUUUAACUGACAGUACAGGCUACACAACUUCGCAACAUACUUGGUCUUCGACUGGGUACAUUAGUAUGCCAUCAUCAGAAGAACUGUCCAGUAAUCCAAGUCCUGUUCCUAAGGAAACUUCAACUGCAGGGAGCUAUAGUAUCAUAGGAACUGUUCCUAAAUCUGCACAGUCUGCAAAGUCUGAGAAUGACAGUGAUUUAACGGAAUCUACUGCAAAUACACUAAUACCUAUUAAAUCAGAAUCCAAGCCCACAAAUCCAUACAUAACAUUAGCAUCUUUGGAGCAGAAACAAAAGAAUAAAAAAGCUAUCGAUUCGCUACACGAUCUAGAUGAAUUAACAUUUGCAGAAUCAAACAAAUCAAAAUUAGAAUCUUUGACUCCAUUCACAACUUCUGACAAAGUUUCUAAACCAUAUGUGCAAACAAGUUUAAUUGAUUCAUUAAAAAAGCCGUUCACUCUAAGCAGCAUCGAUAGUACAAGGAGCACGAUGUCUACUCCAUUUGCAGCCACCUCUUUGACCGAUUCAUGCAGCAAACCGUUUGUUUCUUCUUUCGCAAGUCCAACUACUUUGCCGUCUACGCUGGAUUCCUCGUCGAAACCCUACGUUUCCGUGUCUUCAAUUUCUGAAGUCUCGAAAAAGUCAAAUCUUCAAGCAGAUACAUUAGACUCGACGCAAAAGACUACUGUACCUCAAGUUUCUACGACCGGUGGUUCGCAACCAUAUGUCCUUGCGAGUUCCGUAUUCCAAAUGCUACAACAACAACAAAGGGGAAAAUCGGAAACUCCUAUCUCAGAAGUGAUAGACAACGAAACCGAAGAAGAUGUUACGACAGGGUAUCCUCUGUAUUGGCCGACCAGUGGUACGAAGCCAAGCUCAAAGUUGGAUGCAGACAAACCAAUUACGACUAAACAGAGUACUGGAUACGUUACCAUAGCAGAGAAUCCAAAGCUAGAUCAACAUAGAACGUCGACGUUGUCAUCACCGUAUGUACAGCAUGAGAGGUUUGAGAAGCCACUGCCACAAACUACUACUGGACAGUCAGAUGAACAAUACAGUAAAGUGACUGUUGUGCCAAGUACUAUUUAAUGAAAGAAAAAAGGCGCAAAUGUAUUGAUUGUGGCAGUGUAGCUUGUGUAUUUUGUCACUUUGAACUUUCUUCAAUGUAGGGACGUUUUUUCUAAUGAACUAUGGUGCAAUACGAUUUUACGUUUGUAGGUGCUUCGAAAUGUAGUCAAUGACAAUUAAAUCCUACAUUUGUUUUUACAAAUAUAGUAUUUAGAUCGGAGAUCUUAAAAAUGCUAAAUUGGAACACAAAACGUGCAUGCUAUGAGACAUAUGAACAUCGCGAUAUUCUGUCUACAUGUGUCCACAUCGAUGUGUUUAAAAUUUUAGUGUUUUCUAGGAACCUAUACAAAACAGCAUGAUUCAAUGUUGGUUCAACGACUGAAUUAAGAAAAGAAUUUGUUUAGAGAGAAAGAGAGAAAUGAAAAUUAACAAAUGAAGAGUAUCGUACACAAUAUAUGUAUUCGAUACGAGGACACAUCGAAUAUGAAACAUCCUCAUUUGUGAAAGUAUGUACAAAAUGAAUUACUUUUGUAUCAUAUACAUUAUCGUGCAAUGUGAUGUGAAAAUCACUAGCAACGCCAUAGCGUAAGGAUUAUAGAUUAUAAGUAAAUUAUGUGGCAUACAUAAAUCGACAAACAACACGUUGUUGUCCGAACAAUCAAAUUUUUCGCUAUCUACGGUAGUAUAAUAAUUCUCAUUGUAGAAGGACCGUUAUUUAAUCAUUGUGAGGUUUUUAAUCAACUCUGUGUAGUAGUAUUAAUAUUUCGAGAUAUGUUCAAAACGAUUUGAAAAUUUUCAAUGAUAUUUCGUUUGAAUUCUUUUAUAUCGUGAAUUACAAAUGCAUUCUUUCGCCCUAUCAUGCAUGAUAAUAAUAUGCACAUAUCGAACAACUGUUUUUUUAAUCUCAAUGAAAUUUCGAAACUAUACAUUUAGAAACAGAUAUUUGUAUUAUUCCAAUGUUUAAUCGAUCCUUGGAAUAAAACAAAUAUCUAUGAUCCAGAAAAAAGAAAUUGCAGUUAUGAGUUGCUUAUUUGUAAAUAUUAAAUGUUGUGCUAGUUUCUGUCUCUUUCACGAUCAAAUUGUAAGAGGCAAAAAUUAUCGGCUUUUGAAUAAUUCGUUUGUUAAAAUCGUGCACUGCGUACAAAAAAAAUUAUGUCGAUUUUUUUCAUUGAACUACAAUCAUAUGCGUAAUUUGUUUAUCUGUGUAUAUAAUUUAUAAAUCGUUCCUGUAGUACCUUACUAUCGUUAGCAAUGAUUGAUAAAAAGUAUGCAGUAAAAGGAAAACUAUGGCAACAAGUACAGGGUCAAGGAUAAUAAGAUAAGGGAAGGCUAAUCAAAUCGCAAUUUUGAAAUCAAUUAGAUUCUGCAUGUUUCUUAUAUAUUUCUUUAGCAUUUGAAAACGUUUAAGUAAUUAAAAUGGAUUAAAAAACAACAUACUUUAGCUUUUAUAUUUUAAAUAUCACUGCUGACUGCACAAAAAUCUUUUAACAGAAUUUCAAUAACUUGUAAAUAGAAAAAAACCUUUAACAUUUUUUAGGUCAACUUCUAUCAGUGAAUAAAUUCUUUUAAAAUCUUUGACAAAAAUUAUUUUAAAGAUACAAAAUCAUACAUGUCUCGAAUAUAUAAUUUGGUCAGUCAGCAAAAUUGAAUAAAUCAAGAUAUGCUAGAAUCCAUAUCUUGUAACUAAACGGCCCACCUUGCAGAAAUUUUAAGGAACUAUGCAAUGCCAUCGAAACAUUUAUGCUAAAACAAAGCAAAAUUAUAUAUAUAUUAUAUAUGCAUAAUACCUUAAGCUAGUCAUUGACGGGGUACAUGAGUUUUUACAGGCCUUUUUUAUUGGUUAUUGUUUAUACUUUACGAUCAAUUAUUAAACAAAUUCUUUUUAAUCCUCGACUCUUCAUUAAUAUGUUGUUAAUUUGUUCAUAUUCGUCGACAUAUCAUUUAAUGCUGAACUAUUAUAAUUUCAACUAUGUUAAUUAUUGUACUGAUCAAUGUUUGCAACAAUUUCUCUGUCGAAGAAUUUUUAUACAAACUUAUAUUAUCAAGUACAGAGAGAACAAUAUAAAGAGAAGGAGAAAAACUUUAUUUUUCUCGUAUUAUAACGAACAAUCAUUUGUAGCGAUUGGAUAAGAUCGUAUGCAUUUUAUCUCGUGUUGAAUAAUCGAACAACUAAAUUCUAGUAUACUAUACACAUGUAUAUCAGUACAAAAAAAGGCCUGGGAGGAUUUUUGCAGUCGAAUCGUUUUACAAGAUCAAAUAAGCUUCAUUAACGAUCUUGUUGAAAGUAUUCUUUGAAGUGUAGAAAAGAAAAGCGAUGGAGAUUAGAUUAAUUCAAAGCAUUGUUUGACCUUGUGAAACGAUAUUCAAAUGAGUGCCACGGAGGAACUCGAUAGAUCCGUGGAACUUUUUCUGGAGCGAGCUUACGUAUACUCGUAUGUUAUAUUGUUGUUACUAAGAGAGGAGCCGCUAAUAUUUAAUGAAUCGCGUGUAAUCUGUAAAAAAUGCUGCUUAGUUCGUAAAAAUAUUAGGUAAAGUUGGAAAAAUAAUUAGGAAAUAAAAUGAUUAGAUGACAAUGGACUAGAGUCUGUGUUGACGUAGUCGAUGUGUCGUGAAUACAUCCGAUUUAAUUUCACAUUCUGGAACGUAGAUGUUUUCUUCUUUUUUACAUAAGAACGUGAACACAAAGUGUUUGAAAAUACGUGUAUAAAAUCUAGAUUCGAUAUCUUGGAACAGAAUUGUAUUAUCGAUCGAUUUGUUUGAAAAUUAUCGUUCAUUCAGAGAAGAUCCUUAAAUAAAAUGGUAGAGUGUAAAGGAAAAGUAACAGAACGAGAAAAAAUGAUCAAUUAAUAUAAAUAAUAAUGCCGUCUUUGUAAAACGAGAAGCAAAAUGCAUGAAUGCACGCAAAAUUUCGAAAUAUGCUCAUGUUGAGAUAAUUAAGUAUUUUUCACGGUAAAGGCUUCUAGAUUGAUUUAGAAAGUAACCAAGCGCGCAUCUACUUUGUUAGGUUUUACAUGUCUACAUUGUACAUAUAAUAUAUCUAUUAUUAUCUAUUUUUGUUACAUAUUUAUAAAUGAAAAAAAACUACUUUAUUGCGCACUAUAAAUAUAUAUAUAUAUAUAGCCUAAUCUGAAAAAAUUUUAAACGAUGGAAUUAUGGUUUGAAUGAUUUAUAUAUAUAUCUAUAUUUAUACAUAUAUAUAUAUAUAUGUGUGUGUGUAUAUAUAUAUAUAUAAGAUAUAUCGAUGAUUUACGUGACACGUGUAAGACAUAUUUCUAUUAUUAAACGUUUACCUUUAUAUCGAUUAUUAAUUUGCCUUGCAGAGACCAGGAGGCAUAUAUAAAACGCGUAUAUUCGCAAUUUCUUUUUUCUCCACUUUUUAUGUAAUCAAACAGCCCUUGUAUAAUUUAGUUAAAUAGCUUGUUAGGAUGUCUAUAAUGUUUAUGUUAUAUAUUCUCAUCAAUAUUAUGGGAGCUCAGUGUAACAGAAAAUUUAAUGAAAUCAAAAGGGUGAAACUAAUUGAUAUAAAAUUAUUUUAUGUGGUGCGAAACAAUUUUAUUGCAAUGAUUCACAAAUAUAAUCGAUAUAUGUAAAUAUUAUUAAUUAUUUUCUUCUUUUACGUGUAACAUAACCGUGUUAAAGAACUAUUACUAUCUGGGCUCUCUGAUCAUAGAUUUUCUUUUUAAUAUAUAUUUAGAGUGGAGUGAAUUGUUAAUGCAGAUUAUCAGAUUUUGAUUGAAGUAUUUGUUGUUGACGUAGUGAAAAGAAGAUUUCAAAAUUUCGCUCUACAUAUUUUACACGUGCCUGUUUGUUUCUGCGAAAAUUCAAAGUUUUGAUCGUUCGCAAUAAUCAUUUAAUCCUUGAAUGUUUCAAAAACAUCGGAUUAUUUUUUUGCAGAAAUGUACAGACACCGCGUUAAUAAUAACUUUGCUAAUAUUAAUCGUGGAAUACUGCAAUACUCAUAUCUCUUUUGGAAAUAGUAUUAUAAAUGAAUUUUCGAAAUUAAUAUAUUAAAAUAAUGGCCGGAUUGUUUUCGUAAUUAAGGAAGUAACUUUCUGAUAUCGUAAAUAAAAUUGGUAAUUUUAAUUCAUAUAUGUGAUAAUAAUAAAAGAUAUUAAUCGCAAAGCGAAGUCGGAUAACAGUAUUCCAGGAUGAAUAGCCUGUCUCAUGAUAACCAAUCUACACCGAGCUAACUAUAUAUUAAUUCUAAUAAGAUCUUGUACAGAGUAUUGUAAAAUAUAUUUUUACUACAUUUUUUUUGGUUUUAUUAUUUAUUUCUUUAUAACACAAAAUUGUGUUUUAAGUUCGCUUUUUGUAGAUCGCUGCUGUUAUGCCAUUAUAUGUAUGCCAUGCCGUUGAGCCUUGCCAUUUGUAUAGGUUCAUUUUUACGAUCAAUCCCAAAGUUGUUUUGUUUUUCAAUACUCAUAUACGGAUCGAAAGAAAAAUACAAGAAUUCUUGUAAAACUUUAUCUUUCAAUCGAUGCUGUCGAUAAGCGCUUCAGGAGCUAUUACUUUAUAAUAAUUAUACUGAAAUAUAUUACAUUUAUAUCGA